AGACAGCGUAGGUGAUCGAGUUGCUUCUAAACUUAUUAUUGUUGAUUUUCACAUGCAAUAGUCUCAGGCUAGAAUCAAGAUAUCGCAAUGGCAGAACAGAAAAUACGUCGAGUGGCAGUUAUCGGUGCCGGUCCCGGAGGAGCAAUUGCGACUGAUGCACUUGUCAAAGAGCAAGCGUUUGAUACGAUUCGAGUCUUUGAGCGUCAGAAUAUAGCUGGAGGGACAUGGGUAUUGACACCCACAGACAAUGGCCAGGAACCCAGAAUCCCAUCUCUGCAAGAUCUCAUCAACGAACGCGCUGAUCUCGGCGUCCCAAUCCCCAAAGAUGUAAAUAAAGGUAUCCCAGUCGAAACGCCAGCAACAGAGGAAAUCAAUUCACCACAUCUCCGUUUCACGGAGACCGGAGUUCAUGAACACUUACACAGCAAUCUAACACCGGAGAUCAUGAGUUUCUCUAAGGAACCCAUUCCGGAGAUUCUUUCGGAGAGGACACGGGCUCAACACGGCCCUGAUUCACCAUUCAGACCGCGUGAGGUGGUUAGGGCAUGGGUUGAAGAUGUCUUCAAGCGAUACGGGAAUGACAAGUUAAUCGAAUUCGGGACUACGGUUGAAUUGGCGGAAUAUAUUGAUACCGACAACAAGCAAGGGAAGGAAUGGGUUCUAACGCUCCGUAAAACGGUCCCUGCUGAAGGCGGGAUUAAGAACGUAUGGUGGCAGGAACGAUUUGAUGCCGUCGUAGUUGCGUCGGGACAUUAUUAUCUUCCUUUUGUACCUGAUAUCCCGGGUAUCAUUGAGUACGAUAGGAAAUAUCCUGGGAAGAUCAGGCAUAGCAAACACUACCGUGGUACAAAGGACUAUGUCGGAAGGCGUGUCAUCGUGGUCGGAGGCUCAAUCUCCGCUUUCGAUGCCCUGCACGACAUUCGCGAAGUAGCAAAACUACCCGUCAUAUCAUCCGCCCGAGAUCACUCGCCUCUCUUCGGCGACAUCCCCUUUUUGCAUCCGCAUAUCGAGAAUAGACCCGGCAUAACGUCCUUUGACACUACAACGGACAAGAUCACGUUCACAGAUGGCUCUUCCGUUAUCGGAGACGAAAUUGAUAUCAUCCUCUUUGCGACUGGAUAUGAUUUCAGCCUUCCGUUCUUGCCUGAUUUGAAAUCGGUGCACAGGAGGAUUCCGGGGUUGUAUCAGCAUAUUUUCAAGAUUGAAAAUCCUACUUUGGCGUUUGUUGGCAUGAUUGCAGGAGUCUUCGGAAUCCGCUUCUUCGAAUGGCAAGCUGUCUUCAUAGCUCGCGUUCUAGCAGGACGAGCAAAACUCCCAGAUCGUAAGGAAAUGUACGAAUGGGAACAGACUCGUUUAGCUGAACGCGGUGACGGACCACCGUAUUGGACGCUAUAUCCUGAUUAUACGGCAUACUUUGAGGAGUUGAGGAAGCUGGCAGGUGAGCCUGCUCCUGGGACGACGGGACGUGUGCUUCCGAAAUAUGAGUCGGCGUGGGAUGAUACGUUUGUGAGGUUGAUUAAAAGGAGGCAAGAGUGGUGGAAGAGAGCUGCUGAGCAAGCUAGUAGGAAUACGAGGAGUUCGUUGUGAUGUUCGACUAUACUUUGGUUGUAGAGUCGAAUGGUAA